AUGAAAUUAAUUCCAAAUGAAAAAGUUUUACCAUUUUGCUCUCAAUUAAAUCAAUUAAUAACAACAAAUCAAAACUAUUCACUAUCAAUUCGAAUUAACAAUAACUAUAGAUUUAAUUCUAUUUUCCAAGAUAAUUUAUUCAACGAAAAUUUUUCUAGAAUAAAAUCCUUAAAAAUAACAAAUGUAACUGUUUCAACUCUAUUGUCUAUCAUAUUCGAUGGACAAACAAAUUUAUGUAAUACUUUAGAACGAUUAAGCUUAUUCGAUAAAAUUGGUGGCACAUUCCAGGAUAUUGACCGAUUAUGUUGUGAUUUAAUUUCGUCAAAAAUGAAAUUAUUAAAACAUUUGGAUUUAAAUUUUAUACCAUAUUCUACUGGUGACAAUGAAUGUGAAGAGUAUGUCGAUUUAGAGUUUUACGGAUUAUCAAUUAGAGAAAAAUCAUUUAGUAAUUUAGAAACGAUUAUUAUCGGCUAUAUUCCGUAUGAUGACGAUACUUUUACAACAUCAAAAUUAUCAUUUAAGAGAUUGAUUAAACGUGUAUUACCUUGUAUGCCAAAAUUAAAAACUUUAAUUAUCAAUUCCAUUUAUUUUGAUACUCCUGAUAAUUACCGACAGGAACAUAAAGUAUGGGCAAAAUAUUAUUGUGCCUUUGAAGUUUCAUUAUGA